AUGCGAAAAUUUAAAAAUGGCAGGGGAGGGAACCGGAAGUCCUGCCCUCACCAGUCAGUCAUCCCCGCCCUCACAAACCUCAGUCCCUGGCCCCGUGGGAAGAUGGGAGACCUCAGUGCCCCGAGUGACCACGCCCCCGUCUUUUCCGGUGACGUCAAAGGGCCGCGGCCGCACCCCCGACUCAGCUGGGCUGAGGUUCCCGAGGAGGGAAAAUGCAGCUGUCAGUCAACCCGGAGCCACGCCUCCAGGUCCCCUAGACCACGCCCCCAGCAAACAGACUCCUUACAAACGCCCAGCCACUUGCCUGGCCAUGCGCACUUCCAGACUCCCCGCCCACAUCGCAAGACCCCACCCUCAUCCAAUAGAAACCACGCCCACAGACCCGACCACACCCUCUCGGUCUCUUCCCCCAACAGUCAAGGGCCACAGACCCCAGACCACGCCCCGUCCGCCCAGGCCACGCCCCAUAGGCCCAGGCCACGCCCCCAGCACGCGGACAGGGCCGUGGAGAUCCGUGAGUUAUUUAAUUACAGAACUUCAGCCGGAACUGUUUCUGGAGCGAGAAGCUCUCGCUCCCCAAAAGUCCGAAGGUCGUGUCUGAGCGCAAAGAGGGAGAAACGCCUCCAGAGAUCAGCUGAUGAAGUGUCACACGGGUCCUCCCCAGCUCAGGGGACACUCACCCACGCGCGACGGAGCAGAGCACCCACCACUCCCCCCGAGGGGCACAGACGGUCCCCGGUGUCCCGCCCGAACAGAGCGAGCGCGGGCCGGACUCGGGCCGACAUCCUCAGGCACCACAAAAUGAAAGUAGCACAGGGAGCUGUGAAAGCAGAUCGGUCUCUAAGUGAAAGUACCGACUCACGAAGACACAAUCGGGGAGGGAGAGCGUCUGGACGAGGUGUGUGUGAGUGAACGGCGAGGGCGGCCUCAGUUCCACGCCAUUCAGGUCUCAUUUUUAAAACAUUCCACAGCUUGGGGUUUGUUGUUUUCUGUUCCUGGCUGCUGCCUGCGGCCUUCCCGCCCGCCCCCCUUUUCAAAGACUAAAUACAGAGAGUGCAUUAAAAGAGUGGUGGAAUGGUUGAAA